UGAUUGUGUCAAAGUUCAACAUGGUCCUCAAAUUAGCAGAGAUUAAGAAGCCGGAAAUCGCCCACGUCUCCGUAGAGCUAAAAGAGAUGAGCGAAGAAAAGGGGGGGAAAAGGUGAAUGGAACAAAAGCAACUGGUCCUGAAAGAGUACUUCGGGGCCUUUUUCUCUCCAUAAAAAAAUGAACUUUUUUGAGAGAUGAAUCCUUCUGAAGAACUUUAAUUACUUACUUCCCUUUGGAUGAUAAAUUACUCUAGAUUUCUUGGGGACUCGGAACAAUCUUAUAGGCAUGUUUUUGCUGUGCUACUGGCAUCAAGACACCGAUUCAGGAGGUAGUGGAAUCUGAUGCAAGAAGACAACCUUUUCUGUCUUUUCUGUUGCCGGAAAAGGCUCUCCUUUUCUCCGUCUCCAUCAUUCCACCAAGCUUCUUGUUCAUCCUGGUCGGCUAGCUAUUUUACAUUCUACGAAGACUGUAGCAUCCUUACAGUCUGCAGUCUCUUACGGGGAGCGUCGCUUAAAAACUAGUCUGUAGGCAAUUAUUGUUGAAGUCCUCCAUUCUGCAUGCUUGGUCUCGAUAAUGAUGCUCAACGACUAGCCAAGAAAUUGUAGUUGGAGACGCAGAAAUGUCGGUACCAGCACGAACACGGCACCUAAAUUGCCUAGGGAAGCACUGUGAUCACUGAGGAUAUCCAAACUCCUCGAGAAGCAGGAUUGAAACCUUGCCUCUGCUCAUGUCUGAUGCAAGCAAAAGAAGUGUUGGCAUCACCUGUGAUGACACAGGCAAAAGAAAAUCUCAGAAAGUUUUCAGAGUAGACAAGUGCAAGAUCCUGUUUUCUGAGAGGAGCUCAAACUGCAAGUUCGAGUCUUUGAAACUCGCGUUGAUCAUCGUUACAUGUUGCACGAUUCUAACGCUUGCUUUCUCGCCAAUUAUGUCCAAGGAGCAGCAGCUUCGCCCAGGUUCCAGGACUCGGCUUGCAGAUGUUGCACGGAUGUGGCAGACGACGCUCUCGGAUCCUCGAUACAUUUCGCAGUUGGAUGUCGAAUGGGGCCUGAUGUCGAGUGUUCUUGAAGAUGUGAAGGCGAAAGAAGGAGAUCUCAGAAUUGGCUUGCUGAACUUUAACUCCUCCGAGGUCGAGUUCUGGCGGCGAACACUUCCGCAUGCAGAGGUCUCUUCUGUGCAUCUCGACUGUGCCGACCCAAGCAUCACCUGGAAGGUUCUGUAUCCCGAGUGGAUCGACGAGGAAGAAGAGUACGAUGUGCCUAGUUGUCCAUAUCUUCCUCAGCCCCAAGACAAGAAGGGAUCGAGAUACGAUCUCAUCGCCGCCAAGCUGCCCUGCGACCGGUCGGGGAGCUGGACGAGGGAUGUCGCGAGGCUGCAUCUGCAGCUCGCAGCAGCCAAGCUUGCGGCAUCUGCUUCUGCAGGGCGGUCGCAGGUUCAUGUGCUACUGGUGACCGAUUGCCUCCCUGUUCCGAACCUCUUCGGUUGCAGAGAUCUCGCCAGGCACCAAGGAAAUCUUUGGCUGUACAAGCCCGAGACCGCAGCGCUGCAGGAGAAGCUUCGCCUUCCGAUCGGGUCAUGCGAGCUCGCCAUCCCGUUCGAAGCACAAGUUCGGAUGUACACGGAGGUCGGGCGACGAGAAGCGUACGCUACGAUCCUGCACUCAGCAGAGCAGUACGUCUGCGGCGCGAUUGCAGCGGCCAAAAGCAUUCGUUUGGCAGGAUCUGUGAGGGAUCUCAUCAUCCUGGUCGACGGAACGAUAAGCGAACGUGAGCGGAGCGGCCUCGAGGAUGCAGGGUGGAAGGUGAGAACGAUCCAAAGGAUUCGCAACCCCAAGGCGAAGCGCGACGCCUAUAACGAGUGGAACUACAGCAAGUUCCGCCUCUGGCAGCUCACCGACUACGACAAGAUCAUCUUCAUCGACGCCGACCUGCUCGUCCUCAGGAACAUCGACUUCCUCUUCGCGAUGCCGGAGAUAAGCGCGAUCGGGAACAACGCGACCCUCUUCAACUCGGGCGUAAUGGUGAUCGAGCCCUCCAACUGCACGUUCCAGCUGCUGAUGGAACACAUCGACGAGAUCACGUCGUACAACGGCGGCGACCAGGGGUACCUGAACGAGAUCUUCACCUGGUGGCACCGCACACCCAAGCACACCAACUUCCUGAAGCACUUCUGGGCGGGCGACACGGCGAAGAGGAAGGCGAGGAAGGACAGCCUGUACGGCGCCGACCCGCCGGUGCUCUACGUGGUGCACUACCUGGGGCUGAAGCCAUGGCUGUGCUACCGGGACUACGACUGCAACUGGGACCUGCAGAUGUUCUGGGGGUUCGCGAGCGACGCGGCGCAUGCGACGUGGUGGAAGGUUCACGACGCACUGUCGGAGAACCUUCAGAGGUUUUGCCUGCUGCAGACCAAGACGAAGGCUUUCCUGGAGUACAACCGGAGGCAGGCGGCGAAGGCCAACUUCCCUGACGGACACUGGCGGCGGAACAUCUCCGAUCCAAGACUCCACAUCUGCCAUGAAAGGUUCUGCUCCUGGGAGAGGAUGCUGCUGCACUGGGGCGAGGCGAAUUCGUCCAACGCUAGCUCGUAACUUCGACCAUCCACGUGUUUUCUCGGUAUAAUUAGAUUAAACAUAGACGAAAAGGAUUUCUGCUUACACGUUUGCUUACGAGUUGUAAUAUUUAAUUCAUGUUCUAUUAAUGACAUUUUGAUGUAAAUCUACCUUCCGAUGUCAAACAUAUACACGAAGUACGUUACCGAAGUUUUACA